UACUGGUAACAUUGAUGAACUAUUUUCAAAAACUUGUUUUGGUUAUUAGAUUUUGUAAAAAAUAAUUACAACACUUUUUCCACACGCUUGAAUGAAUCGUAAUAUUAUGAUUGAUUGUUGAUAAGUGCUCAACUGUAGAAAUUUGUUAAGUGAUAAUUGUACAGUGCCUCGUCUUUUGAGAGGCUAAACAAGAGAUAUGGAUGGCCCCGGAAUGAGUUUGUUUCAAGGUGCAGCGAGUAUUCACAUAAACAAUAGUGCUCAAGACAGACUAGAGGAACAGGAGGAACUGGAAGACCAGAAACGAAGGAAUGAGGAGUUGAAACAUAAGCUGGCUAAUGCCUUCGAUGACCUGUUGGACGACGAUGAGGCUAGCUCAGUCAACAGUAGUGGCAACUAUACACUGGAUCCAGCUCAAAGCAAUGGAGUCCAACAAACAAGGACGGGUUUGCCACCAACUUACGUGGAGUCUCUAAACCACUUAAAAGAGAAUCAACAUGGUUCAGAAUCACCCAAGUUGUACUGUGAGACUCCCAAAAACCAUGUUGGCCACAUGAGACAUCAGGAGGAAGCUUUGAAAGCACAAUUUAGUCCCUAUGGAGCUGGUGAUGGUCAAAACCAUUAUUUCCAACAAGAAUUUAGAGGUCACAUGAAUGGCAUAAACAACUGUGACAGACAGGAAUACAUGAACAAUGAACAACUUAAAGUUAUGUAUGACAUCCGAGUAAAAGAAUGUCAGCAGUUAGCUGGGCAGUUGCAGAAGCUGGACACUGAGAUAGACAGCUUACGCGCUCGUCUCGCUGCCGCCAUCAAUGACAGAGACAAGGUUGAGUUGUCACUUCAGGAAGCUCAUCAUUUGCUUGCAUCAAGUAAGCACAAAAUUAUUGAGCUGGAGCAACAAGUAACAGCCCUGACUGAGAAGUUGGUGGAAAGUGACCAAGAGAAGGAGCAGCUCAAAUUGGAACUCCGCUCAGCUAAUAUUAGCCUACAGGAUGUACAGCAAAGACUUCAUACUCUACAGGUGGCCCAUACACAUGACACCGAUGCUUUAUUCAGGGAACAGCAAGAUAGACAUCGUGAUGAAAUGGAAAGACUACAAAACGAUUUGACUAAAGCUAAAAAUAGACUAGACGAAAAAGACAACGAAAUAAAGGCACUAGAACGACGAUGUAUGGAGAAAGACAGGGAAAAGGAAGACAUUUUGAUAGAAAAAGGCACCACUAUAAACAGAUUAGCCAGUGAACUAGAGGCUGCACAGAGUAGACUUGUGAAUGGAGAGACAACAAAGCUUAAAGAAAAAGUGUCUCAACUAACUACUGAAAGAAAUGCAGCUAGAGAACAAGUGAAGGAGAUGGGUUCCAAGCUAGAGUUGACGGCACAUGAGUUAGUUCUAUACAGAAACAAACUAGCUGGCACACAGAAGGAAUAUGAACACUGGAGAACAACACUACACCAAAUUCUAAUGGAGUCUUUGCCUGAAAACACUUAUAUUGGUGAACCACCAUCUCCAGGAAAAUUGUCAACUCUCAAAGAAGUUUUGAGCAGAUACAAAAUACAGAUGCAAAAGUUAUCGACAUUACAGGAAGAAAUUAGUAAAAGGGAUAAAAAGAUAGAACAGCAUCGCAAACAAGAAUUGGAUCUUCGGGCGAAAUUCGAUGAGCAGAAAGGUCUAGAGAUGCAGCUCAACUCUCGUAUGGCGGUGUUACAGAACAAGCUCGAGUUACUCGGCAGUAGCUCUGACAGUGAACUGCUAGAGAACUAUAAACAGCAGAAUAAAAGUCUACAAGCUGAACUAGAAGAAGUUAGGCGUGAAUUGAAAAAUUUGGAUCUGAAACACACUCAACUAGAAUUAGACUACGAGAAGCUCAAAUCAGAAAAAGGCAGCCGCGCGUCUAUCGUGCAAGAAGCGAAUGCAGAUUUGUUGCGCGAACUGGAACGUUAUAGCUGCCAGCUCAAAGACACGCUCAAAGAGAAUGGGGAGUUGAAAACUUUAUAUCUACAGGCAUGUAGCUCUCGCGACACAGUCUCAAGGGAACUAAAGGACUUGCAAUCAAAAAUACAAAAGGAGAAGGAACUCUACAAAUCACAAGAGACGGACUAUGUAGAGAGAAUGGAGAAGCAGAAGCAGCACAUAGAGAAGUUGAUGGCAGAGUUGAACAACUGUAAAGAGGAGUUGGAUAGAGCCAACAAGAGAAUAUCGGAGUUGCAGAGGGAGUUCACUGAUAAACAGAGAGAGUUCACUGAGAAACUUGAUAAAUACUUACAAGAUGAAAAGUCAGCUAUGCGAAAAGAGAGGGAGCCGUGUGCGCACUGUGAAAAGCAUGUGAAACAUAUCAAGUAUUUAGAUGAUCAGCUGAGCAAAUGUACUAUACGGUUGGCGUCUCAAGAAAGCAACGAAACAUUAAUGAAGGAGUUGAAAGGCAAGGCGGAGUUCUUCCAGCAGUAUAUAAUAGACCGGUUCAACAAGCUCCGGGAGCAGCGCAGUAUUGGUACUAACACGGAGGAGCGUCCCACUAGUCCGCACUCGCAGGCCUCGGAACAUUCUAGCAUUGAACAACUGGUGCAGGAUUGUGAUGAUGCUAUGGCUGCUAAGACCGCCCUGAUGAUGAAAGAGAAAGCAAUAAGAGACCAAAUAGCUGAAAAGUUUACACUAGAAAUGAAAACAGUAGAAAUGAACUGCGCGAGACGAAUUAAAAAAAUUGAGAACGAACACAUUGAGACAGUUGGUAAAAUAAAAGAACUGCUUGAGAGAAAAGCGAAGGAGGUUGAGGCGUUAAAAGAGUUUAUACUCGCAGAGAGGGCUAAAGUCACACAGAUACUGGAAUCUAAAGAAAGUGAGAUUUCAGAACUCAUUAAAGAACAUAAUGAACUACAAAACGAAUGCCAGAAAGCUAAGGACACUAUAUUGGAUUGGAAACAGAAAGCAGAGAGGUACAAAGAAAGAGCGUCACGACUCGGUUCCUUAGAAGACGUUCUAAAGCAUGAACGAGAAGAUUUCAAACAGCGAAGCAGUUCUACGAGUAAAGAAUGCACGGCAAUGAAAACGAAAAUCGCAGAAUUGCAAACGAAAAUAGCUCAAUUAGAACAAAAAUAUGAGAAGUUGCAAGCUGAACAUAAAGUUAUACAAGACAAGUACAAGAAUGCUAAGAAAACUAUUUUUACUUAUAAGGAUUAUGUAACGAAAAAGGAUGCUCACGUGAACAAUGAAAUGAAUAGAAUACAAGACGAGUACAGGAAGAUAUUCAUAAAGUUGCAGAGUCAGUUGAAUUAUCACAUCAACUGCAGGCUGCAGGAAGAGAGGAAGGGGAAACAAGCGCAGGCGCACAACUCGCAACAAACCGAUUAUACUGAUAGAAUAAACAAACUCAACGAUGAUUUCACGCGACUCACACAGUCCAACUUUAUGGACGGACCAGACUUCAAGUGACAGCGGACUGACUGGAAAUUGCGAGUCACGGUCACAACCAAACGACUACUUCAAUAUAAAACACACAACGGCCCCAACGUUUGUACUUAAUGUAGUUAUACAAACAUUUAAAGUAUUAUGAAAAGUUUUAAUAAGGAUAAUGCAUGGCAUAUUUCUCAGGGAGAACUGAUAUAACGUUAAGACUGUAUAAAAAACUAUGACAAUCGCUCAAGCCCCACAUAGUAUAAUUUUAUAGAAUUAUCAGUUUGGAUUAAAUUUAGAUACCAGAUCAUUCCAUUAACCAUUUAGUGAAUUGUUCCUGUGAUAGUUAAGUACAUUGUAGAGUAAUGAAAUGAGAACAGUAUUACACAGUAAAGUGCAAAAAUAUAUCUCACAUUCCUCGAGACAUGUCCAACUUGUAUGAUCAUGUGAACACACAGGUAAGUACUAAGUGUACCUGUUUGUAUCUAUGGCCUUUUUUAAGAAAAGACUUGUUAUAUUAAUGUAAUGUUACUUUCAAUUAUUAUUGUGUUAAAUAGUAAUAGCAAUUUCAAUUGUUUUCGUUAAGAAAAAUGACGGAAUUAUAUUUUAUUGUAUUGAAUGGAGCAAUUAUAUCUGUUAUGUAAAAAGUUUUGUAAAUAAAAGUAUCA